AUGCAAGCACUAGAGGGUUCUUACCUCAACCCUAUAGAUGCUAUUGAAGUACUUGAAGAAAAGGCCCUCAUAAAUACUGAUAGAUCUGGUAGGAUUUGGAUGCAUGACUCGCUGGAGGAUAUGGGAAAAGAAAUAGUUCGUAAAGAGUCACCUGAAGAUGCUGGCAGACGUAGCAGACUAUGGUUUCAUGAGGAUGUUCGUCGUGUUUUGACCGAAAACACAGGCUCAAAGAAAGUUAAAGGCAUCAUUGUAGAGCUACCAGGAGACGAUGAGAUAUGCUUGAGUGCUAAAUGCUUUAAAAAGAUGAAUAAUCUUCAACUUUUUAUAAACAUUAAUGCAAGGUUCACUGGAGAGGUUAAUUAUCUCCCAAACCAAUUGAGAUUCCUUGAUUGGCCUCGAUUCCCAGCACAAUCUUUGCCAUGUGGCUUCGAUUCACAAAAACUUGUCAUGCUCAAUAUGCGAGAUAGUCGCAUCUCACGACUUGGGCAAGGACUCAAGAUGCAACAAUUGAAAUCUCUAAGUUUUGCAUGUUGCAAAUUCCUAAAAAAGGUCCCUGACUUGUCUGGAAUGCCAAACUUGGAGAGGUUGGAUUUAAAUGACUGUGCAAGUUUAGCCGAGUUGCAUCCUUCUGUUGGAUUGCUAUAA